AUGCGCGCCGGCUAUACGACUGGGUACUACCGUGCACUCCUGCUGGUAGUAUAUUCGACAUCCUACUGGUGGCGGGACCGCCGUAUCGCCUACAUCUUCGACCUAUACGCCCGGUGGUUUACACAUUCGAUCUUCACACUUUUGCUCCUCGUCUUGAGCUAUGCUGGCCGAUUCUUCGAUACCUACGGCGGACGACUCUCAUCUACCUUCGAAGUCGCACUUUGCGUCAUCGGCAUUAUCUGGUGUAGGCACCGGUACGGCUGCUAUGGGUCUCCGCCGAUGAGCCGUGCGCAACGCCGUCAUCAAGUCUACAACGUCUUCAUCGUGGGCCCAUCUACUAAGGGCGUACUUCUACGCGUACCAUUCGGUUCCUCCACUGCCUGGGUUGUGCAUGAGCUAGAGCGGCGCCUGCUUGUGUUGCGCAAUCGCGCGGGAAAGCGGCUAUCCUAUACGCUCCUGCUGCACCCGGCGGACGGAUCUUUACCGCGUCUAUUGCAUCGGCACCAGGAUCUGCUGGAGGCCGGCAUGUGCAAUAACUCGACUAUCGAAGUCCGCUAUUGUCUACGCGGGGGCGCGGGAAACGCAGAGGCUGGCCCAUCCGGUCAUUCACACACCGGUGAUGAUGGAGUUGAGUACGCGUCGGCCGAGGAAACGGAACCCGAACCAAUCGACCCCGAGGAUGCACCGGCGAACGCGAAUCCGUCAAGGAGCCUGCCAAGGCGCACGAAGAAGUUCAAGUGCCCUACUUGCCCGCGACACUACAAAUCCAGUAAAGGUCUAAGCCUGCACCGGGCCAGGGUGAAGAAGGAUUCGGUAUGCAGCUCACAGAACACUCUGGGCUUGCAGCGCGCUAUCGACGCGAGCCUCGCGCGAUUCACGUCUUCGCGUCUUAGCGCGGUACCUGCUGACGCUCGCAUGGCUGACGUCGAUCCUGACGAGCAAUGGAUUGGUGUUGAGAAGGAUGUCGACGAAGGAGGUGCAGGUGCCGGUAUAGCAGGAGCGGGUGAGGGUGGAGUAGGAUUCGACAACGGGGAACUGGACUUCGCUGAGGCGGAACCGCAAUUCGUUGACGAGGGCUUAGAUGGAGAGGAUCAGGCAGAGAAGGAAGAGUCGGAUGCAGACGCCGACUUCAACGCUCGAGACCCUCCCGUACAGCGCGUCUCAGUGAAGAAUGAGGGCUUAGAAGAUGACGAAGAAGAUCCCUUGGGAUGGGGAGAAGAAGAUUACGCUCGAGCGCGUGAGCGAGGCCGACGAAUCGAGGAUGAGCUUUUCAAGGAGGAGCAGGAUAGGGAAGACGAGGAGGAUGAUGAAGUGGAGCGCGCUAGGUACACCGACGACGAGGACGACGAGGACGUCGCGACACCGCGCCGUCCUGUACGACAUAUCCUGUCUCACACUCGAUCAAGCGCCUCAGACCGCGAUCCGACGCCACCUUCUUCGCCGUCACAGCCUGCUUCUCCUGUGCUCCCUUCCUCACCGCCACUCCCGUCAUCACCGCCACUCCCGUCAUCACCGCCACCCCCUUCAGACCGUGAAUCCCCGCCACCGCCUGGGUCUUUCCCCUCACCUCCGCCAUCGCCACCUCCGUCGGAUCGUGGGUCUCAGCCGCCCGAACCGACACCGCCACCACCAGAACGUACGCCGACUCCCGCUCCUGAGGUCAAGCGCAGAAUCGAGCACUUCGGCAAUCGAGCGGGCGAAGUUCUGAAUCCGGAUGAUGACCCUGGCGAUCCUUACAGUCAAUACGAGGCGGGGAUAGACGGCGACAUCAAUCCCGACAACCCGUACUUGCCCUUCCACACCAAAAUGGAUUGGGAUAUCGCGUCCUGGUCGAAGUCGUUCUCGAUCGGCUCCAAUGCCUUAACGGCGCUACUACAGAUUGAAGACGUCAAAGACCGACUUGGAUUACAGUUUUCAAGCACUCGGGCGCUCAACGCGAUCAUGGACAACAAACUGCCAUCAAGGCCCAACUUCAAACGCCGGACGUACGCGCUCGGGGGAGAACAGCUGGACAUGUACAUGCGCGACGGCCUCGAGGUACUGCGUGAGCUCUAUGGGCGGCCGGACUUCGCUAGUCACCUCAUUUACGCGCCGGAGAAGCAUUUCGUGCUCGUGGGAGACGAGGAGGACAGGGCAUACUCGGAUAUGCAUACGGGUACAUGGUGGUGGUAUAUACAGACGAGGAUAGAGUUGAAGCGCCCAGGCGCAACCAUCGUCCCCCUCAUCAUCUCAUCCGACAAAACUCAACUCACCCUUUUCCGCAACCGCUCCGCUUACCCCGUUUAUCUCACCAUCGGCAACAUCCCGAAGGAGCUGCGCCGGAAACCCUCCUUGCAAGGCAUGGUCCUCCUCGGCUAUCUCCCCGUCACCAGCCUUAAGGGGAUCAAGAACGACGACAUA